AAUAAUAUGUUUUGUAACACAUUAGUUAUUGUACAAUUCUUCAAAUCGUUGUCUGUGAUUAAUCUGUAACGUCUGCCUGUGUUGUGCAAUCAUGGCUUUCUAAACCCUUCGGAAGUUUAUAUUCCUGUGGCUACCAUAUUUGGUAUGCCAUAGGGCUGACGGUUUUUGAGUGACUUAACUAAAUACUGAUAAUAAAGACUAUUACAAACCACUGUGAAGUUGUGUGAGACACAUAAAGACUUAAAACAGAAUCAUCACGAACGAAAUGACAUCAGCAACAAAGAGGAAACAUGUUGUAAAAGAAAUGCUUGACGACUUUAGCAUUCCAAGUGAAAAUCAAACUAUUGUAAAGGUAUUGGGGACUCCGGGAUCAAACCUGCAUGAGGUUUCAACUUCAGAUGGUAAAAAGAUACUCUGUAGCCUUCCUCUGAAGUUUCGGAAAAACAUAUGGAUCAAGCGAGGUGAUUUUGUUGUUAUUGAACCCAUUGAUGAAGGAGAUAAAGUCAAAGCAGAAAUUGUGCGAAUAUUAUAUCCACAACAUGUUAAAUAUUUACAGAAAGAAGAUAUAUGGCCAAGUGGCUUUCUUUCUCAAACAAAAGAAUACAAUCAAACUGAAACAACUGCUGAUAACUUGACAAAGGAAGUGUCUAAUAUGAACAUAAAAUGUAGCAAUGAAAAGUCUUUCAGUAAAGGGGAUUAUAUUCUAAACAUGGACAAUGAUUCCAAAGUUGAUACUGGUGACGGAGAAGAUGACUAUUAUUCCUCUGAUGAUGACUUGACAGAUAUUCCAGCAAACACAAAUAGACCAACUAUUGUAUAUGAAGAAUCAACAAGUGAUUCUGAAAGUGACCUCAGCUCAGUAGAGUAAAAUUAGAUCUGUCCAAAUGAUCAAAACAUUGAUAUAUACUAGUGUUAUUUACAUGCUAUUUUCAGUCAUCCCGUUUUCUGAUUCUGACACUUUGUAUAUCUUUCAAAGUUGUUUCGAACUUAUAUCCGAUGCCAACGUAGUUGUUUUGCUUGUUUUUGGUGCGAGGGAUUUAUCAUAUUGGUACUUUGAGAUAAUUAUCUCUGGAUGGGCCAAUAUUCAGAAUCAUUCCCCAUUGUGCAAUAUAGCAAAUGGUUAGUUGAGAUAAUCGCACUUCAUUACUAUGGUUCUAUGCCUAUAGGCUGGAAUUUAUUUAUGUGCGAAAUGUAUAACAUUGAAGUCUGGAAACUUUUUGGUUAGUUUCUGUGGGAGGUUGAGAUGUGUAUUUAUUUACUUGAGCCCUACAUUGUGAAAUCUUUGACAACUAACUGUAGAGUGAAACAUUACAUCACUGGUGCGCUAUUAUGCAUUUUAAUACUAUUUGCCAAAGUUGAAAAAUAAAACAACUUGAUGAGUUGAACUAAGAUUUGA